AUGAGAAUUUCUAGUGCAUACGCAGCUUUGGCAGCUGUUCUGGCGCCAUUUGCUGCUGCACAUCCCACGGGCCAUAGGGAAUCUGCUCCAUUGAACGAAGCUCUCUCGCUGCCCGAUUUAGUGUCUCUAUCCGGCGUUCCUAAAGGUUGGAUUGCUGGGGAUUCGUCUACGUUUGAGGAGGGAAGGAUAUUAUUGACACCUAGGCAAGGAUCGAAAGGUUCCCUGUGGGAGGAGGAAAACUAUCAGCUGCGGGAUUCAUUCACCUUAGAGUGGACAUUCAGAAGCGUGAACUACGAAGGUAGGAGCGAGGGUGGUUUGGCAUUCUGGUUUUUGAACCCUAACGGGAAGAGCGAUCUGACGGACAAGACACUGUACAAUGGUCCUGCCAAGUUUGAUGGGCUGCAACUUUUAGUGGACAACAACGGCCCUUUGAGUUCAACCAUGCGCGCACAGCUGAACGACGGCGGAGACACCUUCACCACAGCAAGCAUCUACGAUAGAACGUUUGCGUCGUGUCUCAUGGGCUAUCAGGAAUCUUCGGUCCCAUCAACGCUGCGUUUGACUUACGAUAGGAGCAGUGAUAACUUGUUGAAGCUGCAGGUUAACAAUAAGAUUUGUUUCCAAACGAGGAAGGUUCGGAUUCCCGAGGGAGAAUAUCGAAUUGGUGUUACAGCAGACAAUGCAGACACCCCGGAAUCGUUCGAGAUCCUGAAAAUGUCAAUAUAUGACGGCCCUGUUGAAGAUUCAUAUAUUCCUAACGUGAACGCAAUGGCGCAACCAAGAGUCUUGACCAAAGUGAUCGACAAAGAAACUGGACAGGAAAAACUACUGGAGAAGGAGGCAUACGAAAUCGAGAACGACAAGGUCUCAAACUACGAAUUAUACAAGAAAUUAGACAGAGUCGAGGGGAAAAUCUUGGCCAAUGAUAUCAAUGCCAUCGAACAUGAACUGGCUGAACUUCACAGAACACAAGAAGAGCUUCUGAAGUAUGUCACACAAUUGACCCAGGUUCUCACGUCAAGCACACAGAAGAGUCAAACCGUUGCUGAUGAAGACAGAAACAACUAUGGAGACUUUCUGUCGCUGAAUGAAAAGCUGGAGAAAAUGCUUCUCGACCAGGAAAAGAUCAGAGAGAUGACAAAACAUACAAGCGUAGGCCCUCACAUCGAUGACAUUGCCAGCAAAUUGGCCAUUUGGCUAUUUCCCUUGAUCGCCAUAAUGCUUGUGAUGGCCUACUACACCUUCAAAAUUAGACAAGAGAUUGUCAAAACGAAACUAUUGUAA